AUGUCUCUGAUAAGAUUCAUAGCCCGAGGAUUUGCAUACAAACCCAUUCAAAAGCCAAUAUUUGUAAACGGUAAGUGCAAGCUCUACGAAAGUAUUGAAGGAAAUGGACCUCAUUAUGCCACAUCUAUAUGAGCAGCAUUAACAGCUUACGUCACAAGAAGUGUGAUACUUAACCAUUCUUCAUUUGGCUGGAGAAUUAUUAAAAUGGCGUGAUCUGACGUGGACUCCUGACAACCCGUGAGUUGAUCCGGGCCAGGAAAGGCGAGCCACAUGGCGAUAGUUUCUCCGGGGUGGGGUUUUGGUCUAAGGGAUAACCUUAGAUCUUUUUUCCUUACCUGCAGAAGUCCCUACCGGCGCAAAGUCCCGAUGCUACUCCAUGGGGAGAAAUCUUGAACCUUUAAUAAGGUUCUGACAGGCCAUGGAGUAGGCAAAAGACGAUUCAACCGUACUCUGAGCCCUGUCAGAGGUUAAGGUAGUCUUUGGCUGAACUUUGGGACUAAGAAAGGCUCGGCCGAACGGUAGGGUUUUCUCCCCGACAGACCUCUGAUGUCACCAUUUUUUGGGGACAUCAGUGGGGAAAAAGGUGGUGUGAGGAUAGCGCUUAGCGCCAACGCGAAGCUAUCCGUUGGACGGAGAGGGGCUGAAAUAAAACCCCGACGACCCGCUAUAAUUUUAAUCUAAUCUAAUCUAAUCAAAUCAUUUGGCUGGCUUCACUUGAUUGGAGAUAUGAUAGCUAUCAGUUUAGGUUCAUUCGAAGUCUUUAGGAGAACUACGUAUACAAGACAUACGGUCAAAGAGCUGUCUCUUCUAGAAAAUGGUAAAGAUCUUGAAGUAAUAACACAGGGAGCAUUUUUUGUGAGUCAGAAAAAGAUUGUGAGCAUUAAAAGCAUAAUUGAUCCUGAAUUUGAUAAAAUGAACCAGUUUUGGAUUAAAACUUUUGAGGCUUGAAUCAUGAUCACUAAAAAUAAGGAAAAGUUUAUGAUCUAUCCUACAGGGAACAUUAUUCAUAAGGAGAUUCUUUCGCAGGUUAUUAUUGCCAAUGAAAUUAUCGUGAGUGGGCAUGAUGAUAGUAAAAUAAUUGAUGUUUAG